AACAGCUGCAGCCGGCGCUGGGCCCGUCUGGAAUGCGGGAGCGGGCUGCGCACCAGGACUUUUAUGGAAACUUGCUGCUGGAGACGGCGGCGGCGGCGGCAGCCAGAGGGCUCGCAGCGGCGGGGGCAGCAGUGGCAGCGGCCGCGGCGCAGACCCCUACCCACACCCAGGCGCAGGGCGCGCAUUGGCUCUCUGCGCGCACGGAGGACCUCCGCUUGUCGCCAGCCUCUGGCGGGUGCAAAAAUAUAUAGAGCUUCAUCAGCCCAAGACCACACAGAGCAAACAUGAAUGAUAUUGCCCAAAAGGCUGAGAUUCUGCUUUCUUCAUCUAAACCUGUCCCAAAAACCUAUGUGCCAAAACUUGGCAAGGGUGAUGUAAAGGAUAAAUUUGAAGCCAUGCAGAGAGCCAGGGAAGAAAGAAAUCAAAGGAGAUCUAGAGAAGAAAAGCAAAGAAGAAAAGAACAAUAUAUUAGAGAGAGAGAAUGGAACAGGAGAAAGCAGGAGAUGAAAGAAAUGCUUGCUUCUGAUGAUGAGGACGAGGUCUCUUCUAAAGUAGAAAAAGCUUAUGUCCCAAAGCUCACAGGAACUGUUAAAGGUAAAUUUGCUGAAAUGGAGAAACAACGCCAGGAGGAACAGAGGAAGAGAACAGAGGAGGAACGGAAGCGCAGACUUGAGCAGGAUAUGCUAGAAAAGAGGAAGAUGCAGCGUGAACUGGCGAAGAGGGCUGAGCAGAUUGAGGACAUAAACAAUACUGGAACUGAAUCAGCAUCAGAGGAAGGAGAUGAUUCACUACUUAUAACAGUGGUGCCUAUCAAGUCAUACAAAUCAUCUGGAAAAAUAAUAAAGAAUUUUGAGGACCUAGAAAAAGAACGAGAAGAGAAAGAAAGGCUCAAAUAUGAAGAAGAUAAACGAAUAAGAUAUGAAGAAGAACGGAGAUCUCUCAAGGAAGCAAAAUGUCUUUCACUGGUCAUGGAUGAUGAAAUGGAAAAUGAGACAAAAAAAGCAUCACUUUCUCCUGGAAAAUUGAAACUAACUUUUGAAGAAUUGGAGCGACAAAGACAAGAAAACCGAAAGAAGCAAGCUGAAGAGGAAGCAAGACAACGUUUAGAAGAUGAGAAGCGUGCUUUUGAAGAAGCAAGACGGCAAAUGGCAAAUGAAGAGGAAGAAAACCAAGACACAGAAAAAAUUUUUAAAGGAUACCGCCCUGGUAAACUCAAACUUAGUUUUGAAGAAAUAGAAAGGCAAAGAAGAGAAGAAGAAAAAAGGAAAGCAGAAGAAGAAGCUAGAAGGAGGAUAGAGGAAGAAAAGAAGGCAUUUGCUGAAGCAAGGAGAAGCAUGGUACUAGAUGAUGACUCCCCAGAGAUAUAUAAAACAAUUUCUCAAGAAUCUCUUACACCUGGAAAACUGGAAAUUAAUUUUGAAGAAUUACUAAAACAAAAAAUGGAAGAAGAGAAACGACGAACAGAGGAGGAACGGAAGCAUAAGCUAGAGCUGGAGAAACAGGAAUUUGAACAAUUGAGGCAAGAAAUGGGAGAGGAAGAGGAAGAAACUGAAACUUUUGGAUUGAGCAGAGAAUAUGAAGAAUUAAUCAAGUUAAAAAGAAGUGGCUCUAUUCAAGCUAAAAAUCUAAAAAGCAAGUUUGAAAAAAUUGGACAGCUGUCUGAAAAAGAAAUACAGAAAAAGAUAGAAGAAGAACGAGCAAGAAGGAGGGCAGUUGACCUUGAAAUUAAAGAACGAGAAGCAGAAAACUUUCAUGAGGAGGAAGAUGUUGAUGUAAAACCUGCAAAAAAAAGUGAGGCUCCAUUUACUCACAAAGUAAAUAUGAAAGCUAGAUUUGAACAAAUGGCUAAGGCACGAGAGGAAGAGCAACAAAGAAGGAUCGAAGAACAGAAGUUACUCCGCAUGCAGUUUGAACAAAAGGAAAUUGAUGCAGCGUUACAAAAGAAAAGAGAUGAAGACGAAGAAGAAGAGGGCAGCAUCAUGAAUGGCUCUACUAUUGAAGAUGAAGAGCAAACCAGAUCAGGAGCUCCAUGGUUCAAGAAGCCUUUAAAAAACACAUCUGUUGUAGAUAGUGAGCCAGUUAGAUUUACUGUCAAAGUAACAGGAGAACCCAAACCAGAAAUCACAUGGUGGUUUGAAGGAGAAAUAUUGCAGGAUGGAGAAGACUAUCAAUAUAUUGAAAGAGGAGAAACUUACUGCCUUUACUUACCAGAAACUUUUCCAGAGGAUGGAGGAGAGUAUAUGUGUAAAGCUGUCAACAGUAAAGGCUCUGCAGCUAGUACCUGUAUUCUUACCAUUGAAAGUAAGAACUGAUCACUCUUUUAAUCUUUUAUUCUUAAAUUUUUCCUUUAAAACAAUCAUUUUUCUUUCUUUCUUUUUUUUUUAGCUGAUGACUACUAGCUCCCAUCCCCUGUCCUCUGGAACUUUCUCUCUCCAACAUUCUUACUGCAUCCAUCCUUUCUGUGGCGGGGCCAAAAAAGCAAACCAGAAGUGCCACUAUGUUGACUUCUUCCUUUUCAUAAGUCUUCAAAUCACAAGUUCAUCUAAAGAGUAUCUUCUUUUAUUUACAAAUGAGCACCAGAUUUAUAUUAUGCAGUAGCAAUAAAAUGUAUUUAACAAACAGGGAAAGUUGAUUAAUUAUUCAAUCGGAACUCAUUAUAAAGGCUGUGUAUUUCCUUUAAGAGUUUACAGCAAUUAUGUUUAAAAAAGAAACCCUUAUUUUGCAUGAAAGAAUGCCAUCUAUGAACCUUUACAAAUACAAUUAGUUUGAAAUAGCUGAGACAAUGAAUUUGGAACUUUUCAAUUUGAGUGGGCUUUUUUCCAUAUUUUAAGUACUUGAUUUUUGAUUGUUAUAGUUUCAAAGUUUUUCUUAAGCUGAUAUAUUGAGGAGGAGGAACAUCUGUUCUUUCACAGGAAAAGAGAACCAUGGGGAAAAAAAUAGAAAACCAUUGCCUAUAGUGUUCUGAAUGUUACAUUUAACAUGUAUUUUUUUGAAGGUGUGUAAUAUACAAGCAAAUUUAUAAAGCAAAUAUAUGUUGUGAUCUUGCCUAAAAUAACUAUUUUAAUGAGAAAACUUUAUAUUAAUAGUUCAUGCAGGAGAAAACAAUUUCAAUAUAAUCAAAGGUUUAAAGAUCUAAGAAAAUUAAACUUGGGGGAAAAUGGCAGAACUUCAACCUAAAGUUACAAUCUUUAAAAUGUUUGUAAAUAAUUAGCUAUUGUGUUCUAUUAAGUUGUUUUAUAUUUUAAUUUUCUGGAAGACAAAUUUAUUUUACAGUGUAAACCAAUAAUAAAGUUAACUUGUGUAUUAAAAAGUC